CGUGACAGCUAUUGUCCUCGCGCUUGAAACGCAACACCUGCACGACUAAACUAAAACCUUUCGCGACAGAGAAAAGCAUGACAGAUAAGGGGAACAUCCGAAACCAUUAGAUAUUUGAAUGACGGUAAAGCACUAUUCCUGCAGGAGGAGGACUAUGUUGGGGAGAUCAAAGGGGGUCUACGGCCGACCAUGAGGCUGGUAGUGAUGGGUAUUGUUCACAAGCAGCCCAAAAGUAUGGUAGUGUUAGUGGCAUGCCAAUCUAAAGGAGAGGGGGAUGAGGAAAUCGAGGGUGAUGUGGGUCUAGAGUUGAAGGUGAACUUUUCAGAAAAGGCUGUGCUUCGUAACGCUCGUCUGUCAGGAAAGUGGGGCGCUUCAGAAACCGCCCUGUCUUUCUUCCCCUUUGCUCCAGGAGAAUCCUUUAAGAUGGAGAUUGUGUGCGAGCACCAGCAGUUCCGUAUUCUGGUGGAUGGGCAGCCGUUGUGUGGUUUCACUCACAGACUGACUCAGCUCGCAUCUCUCACUGCUCUCAGAGUCCAUGGAGACCUACAGCUCACCAAAGUGGCUUGAGCAAGCGAAGAAUUGUCUGCCAUGAUGACAUAGACUUUUCAUAGAAGCAGCUUAGCUGAGGUUUUAGAAUCCUGAGCGUACUGUACACAAUUGUCUUAAAGUUCCAGAACUCCCUCAGUUCAUUUAAAAUAUUUAGAGCUCAAUUCAGUUGGGUAUGUGUUUGUUUUGGUAGGCUAAUUGGCCGUUUUGUAAAGUUUCUCCAGUGAUUUUUAUUUGUAGUGGCAAAUGAGGCUGUUCAGUUUGAAAUGGUUUUGCGUUUGUUUGGAAUCUCUGAAGAAGCUGUGUUACCUCACGUGCAACCAGCUUUAAUCAAUCCAGAUAGCAUAAAAAUUCUAAUUAAGAACGAUUUUCUAUAAACUAGCUCAGACAGAAGAUUUCUUUCACAUAGUUUUUAUAAUACAUAAUGUACUAUCUUUUUUGUUUGCUUUUGAUUAGAAAUUUUGUUUCUUUGGCUCUUUGAUACAGAAGCAAAAGUGCCUUCAUUUGUUCCAUUAGAUGCAAAUAUACAGUAGAGAACUUUGGGUGUUUUUGUAGCAGUAAUUGUUGUAUUUCAAAUUCACUUGCAUUUACACAUUUGGCAGAUGCUUUUAUCCAAAGCAACUUACAUUGCAUUCAAGGUAUACAUCAGUUCCUGCAUUCUCUUAAUCAAACCCAUAAUCUUGACGUUGAUAGACAUUCUCUAGAGUUUGAGAUACAGGAAUGUUUUUUGUUUGCCUGUCUAAAAAAUUAGUUAAAUCAUUCCAACAGAGCAGAAUAACUGAGAAUUAUAAGUGAAACAUUUUUUGUUUAUCCUGUGUUCAUUUGAAUGUACUGUAGAACAGUUUUGAUGGCAUUAGGAACCUAAGGAUUCAUAACUGACACCCGAAUGUUCACUUUAAAAUGCAAUUCCCUGCGAUUGUAUUGGUUUGAAGAAAAAGGACUCAAAGUCCAUCUGAAGCCUGUACUUGGUGCUGUCAACCUACACACUUAAUGCUGCAAAUGAAGCAUGUAUUAAA